GUGCUCACCACCAUGCACUCUCAUUAUCCUCAAGAAAAAUAGCUAUUUCAGACCCAUUCAUUGUUCAAUCCCUUCGUCAACCUCUCAUUGCAAUUAGCUGAGUCUUUUUCUAGCCAGCUCGUUCAAUACUUGCACCAACUGAGUUACCGAGAAGCAACUUUCUUUCUUCUUUCUUUUUGUGAUCGGACAGAAGCAAUUUUCUGCAACUUGGAAAGCUGCCCUUUCUUGUACAAAUGGCUGAAAUUGCCGUACCAGUAGCGUUGUUUCUGGCGGACAAAGUGAUAAUGUUCCUCGACAAAAAAUUCAGCCGAUCGAGCUUUAAUAAUAAUAAUCCCCGCGAUGAUGCUGGAAGAGCCAGAAGCUGUUUAGAGAGGAUGCGAGCAUAUCUCAGUGACAACUCAUCAGCAGAACUGUCUGCUUACGAUGGAGGGUCUCAACAGUUUCAAACUCGUGUAAAAGAGAUCCGAAAUAUAGCUUAUGAAAUUGAAGACGUUCUUGACGAAUUUCUGCUUCAUGUCCCUCAUCAAUUCCACAACAACGACGUCUUUCAGAAGCUACACGAUGCUGUGAAAUUUCGCACGGUACAGAAAGCAAGCCGUGAGUUCUCGGACAGAAUUAAAAAUAUUGACAAGAAGCUAAAUUUUGUUUUCACUCUUGAUAAAAUUCCACAAUUUCCGGGACGAGAUCAAGAAAGUCGCCCAAGUUCCAGCACCACAAGACAUGGAGAUAGCACGGUGACUCAUCAUAACCAAUUCCUUGAAGAAGAAGAAAUGGUAGGGUUUGAGAAGCCUAAAGAAAAACUCAUCAGUCAGUUGAUGAAAGGAGAUCCAAGGUUUCCGAAUAUCUCGCUUGUAGGUCCUGGUGGCUCAGGCAAAACCACUCUUUUGAAGAAUGUCUUCCAGAGCAAAAAGGUCCAACGGUUUUUUGAAUGCCAUGCUUGGAUUGAUGUGCCGCGUGACUUGUGUCCCCGUAAACUUGAUGAGCUCUUGCCCAACAUGUUAAGCAAAUUUGAUCCAAAAGGCAAAAGGAAGGAAUCCAUUAAUCAUGAAGAUCCAAAGGCGCAAUUGGUAAGAGCUUUGAAGGGCAAGAAGUUUGUGGUCGUGUUAGAUAAUGUUUGGAGCAAACAAGAUUUGGAACGCAUUGUAAAUGUUUUACCAAAUGAUUUACCUGGGACUGGGAGUAAAAUAGUCAUAACUACUCGUUACUCUGAAGUAGCGUCUUCUCAUGCAAACUCUUCGUACAUCCACAAUAUGAGCAAUGUGUUGUCAUGGGAACAAGCUUGGAAUCUAUUCUGCCGAAAGGCUUUUCACAAGAGCGAAGGAAAGUGUCCAACCCAGAUUUUGGACUGGGCAGAGAAAAUCGUCAAGAAGUGUGAAGGCUUGCCCCUUGCAAUUUCAGCUGUUGGUACUUUGCUAGCAACGAAGCGACCAACUCCACUUGAUUGGAAGAAGUUACAUGACAGCCUUGGAUCAAAUGUUCCCAUUAUUACCCAAAUAUUGGAGCCCAGUUACAAGGACCUUCCAAGCCAUCUUAAGACUUGUUUCUUGUACUUUGGCAUGUUUCCUGAAGACUACUCCAUUAGCCGUGAAAGGCUAAUUCGCUUGUGGGUAGCUGAAGGAUUUGUGAUGCAGAACAGAUCAAGAAAACUAAUGGAGGAGGUUGCAGGAGGCUAUCUGAAUGAUCUCAUUGGAAGAAAUUUAGUUCAUGUGAGUUCAAGGGAAGUCGAUGGAAGAGUCAGAAGCUGCCGUGUACUGAACCUCGUUCGCGAGUUCAUCAUUGAAAAAGCGGAGAAUUUCAUCACUGUCUCGUUGGCAGCAAACUGCAGAGGUACUGCUCCAGGUGAGAAAAUUCGACACCUUUCUGUUCAUGAUGUUAGUAAGGGCAACAAUUUUUCAAGUGGUACAGAUUUGAGUUGUACUCGUACCAUACUAUUAAGUGGGCAGGGAAGUUAUGAUUCCGAGCUUGAAAGACUACUUAAAACCUUUAAAUUUUUAAGGGUUUUAGAUUUGCAAGGGAUAAAUUUGGACAACUUUCCCGAUUCUGUUUUUGGUCUCACCCUCUUGAGGUACAUAAGUCUAAGGCACACCGAUAUUAAAGAAGUGCCAAAGUCCAUAAAGAAGCUUGGAUUCUUGGAAACCUUAGACCUUAAGCACACAAAAGUGACCAAUUUACCAAAACAGAUUUAUAAGCUCCGCAAUUUGCACCACCUUUUAGUCUAUCGCUAUGAUGUCACGAAUUAUGUGACAUUUGAAGCUGCAAGAAGUGUGGAGCUCUCUGCAGGCAACAUUUCAUCUUUAUCCUCCAUACAAAAGUUGUCACUAAUUAGUGUAAAAAAUAACAGAAAAAUCAUAACAGCCUUACGAGAGUUGAAAGGUCUUAGGAAACUGGGGUUGACCGAUCUUCAAAAAGAAGAUGGAAGGAAGUUUGUUGUUCUCUUCAUGAAAUGGAGCAGCUCUCGACAUUGGAUGUACGAUCAACGAGCGAGGAGGACUUUCUGGAUUUGGAUCAUGGUGAAUUUCGUCCUGACUUUCUGCAACGCCUAUAUUUGAAAGGGCGCCUAGAAAGGCUGCCAAUGUGGAUUUCCAAACUUCACAGCGUAGUAAAGAUUGGUUUAAAGUGGUCAAAACUUCAGGCUAAUGAAAAACCACUUGAGGCCCUUCAAGCUUUGCCUGAGCUGAUGGAGCUCGAUUUGGUUCAGUACCACACCGGUGCAGAGUUGAAAUUCAAAGCUGAAACGUUCCACAAGCUAAAGAUAUUACAUAUUGAACAGUUUGAUCAGCUAAAUAAGAUGGUAGUCGAGAACGGGGCAAUGCCUAAGCUUGAGAAGCUAAUCAUGUCUAGAUGUCAAAAUUUGAGCUUACUUCCACUUGGAAUGGAGCAUCUUACGCAUCUCGACGAACUGCUUCUAUAUGACAUGCCUGAUGAGUUCAUCGCUAAGCUUGGGAAAGACAGUGAGGACCGUGCUCAUGUUGAGCAUAUUCGAGUCAUCCACUCUUUCCAUCUCGGGAGCAACCAGUCCUUCACUGGAUUUCAAAAUCUUUCCUGAUUGAGUUGACUCUAAAGAAACACAAGGCCACUGUGGGGGGAAGGAGAGUAACUGAAAUGGUGAUCAGGUGAAGGACGAACUGACGGUUAAGUUGGCUUAGAACUUUGCUGAAGUGAAGAAGGCAGGAAUUCACCAGUACAGAAAUGCUAUGGCCUUUUGCAUUUAUUUUAUAAACUUUAUAUUGUUGGCUAUGUUUUCGUCUAUGCAUUUUGUUAUUGUAAGGGGCAAACUUGAUGUCUAGUGAAUGAAAUUGAGCUGUGGCUCACCGCACGGCCAUAAAUAAGAGUUGAGUAACCACUGAUUAAUGAAUAUACACAUGUUAUAGUUCGGA